AUGAAUGGACUGAGAGCAGGGGAUGACAGAACAGUCCCAACCCGUCCCUUCCGCAUUUUGGACGCUCCCAAUCUUCGAGAUGAUUUCUAUUCAUCAACUCUAGCGUAUUCGGCUACUUCUGGUGUCCUCGCCGUUGGUCUUGGUAACCAUGUUUAUCUUUGGUCGGAGGCCUUUGGAGUGCAGCGCCCACCCCUGAAGGACCAACACACCUCCAAUUAUGUGACAUCGCUCUCCUUCUCCUCUGAAAAUGGCAGUAAAAGUAUUUUAGCCAUUGGUAAGCGCUCUGGCAUGCUGUGUCUCUGGAGUGUCUUUGAACCAUCCGUGCGGUUUCGGAUAGAUCAUCCGGAUACCAUCACAUGUGUUGCGUUUAAACAAACGAAAUCACGAAGGCCUUCAGAACGGUUCCCGCAGAUUGAGGUAGACACAGAGGAUCUCGCUGUUGGUGACGACAAUGGAUUUGUCUGGUAUUACUCUGUGGAAUGGUCAGAUGACGAUGUCCGGGCUCAGUAUAAUUGGCAUGGUUCGAUGACCUUGCUUGUCAAAAUAUCUGCCCACUCACAGCAGAUUUGCGGCAUAGUGUGGUCGCCGGAUGGCUCCUAUCUUGCAACUGGGGGCAACGACAACACGUGUCUGCUGUUUGAGCUCGAGAAGAUUAUGCCACGGCGAACUCUUUCAGAGCACACGAACGACCAAGAUGCGCUUACUGAGGCUCUAGGGCUUGGCAACUCUCGGGUGCACAGUGGUCGUGACCGUACAAAUAAUCUUCUUCCAUUGGCUCGAACCAGCAGUGCGCCUCUAGCAACGGCUCUUCUCAACUUUACGGGAAGUCUCAUAGCCGGAGAGGGCCGUACGACCUACAUUCCGAUGAACUGCCAGAAGCAUCGACUCUCUCAUUCUGCAGCCGUCAAAGCGAUCGCCUUUGCCCCAUGGAGACCGUCCCUUCUUGCUACUGGGGGUGGAUCAAACGAUCGAGCCAUUCAUUUUUAUCACACACCAUCUGGGGCUUGUCUGGCUACUAUUAACGUCUUCGCCCAGGUAACGAGCCUAAUAUGGAGUAAGACCCGCCGGCAGAUUGUUGCCACUUUUGGAUUCGCACAGCCGGAGCAUCCUUUCCGAAUCGCUGUCUUCGCCUGGCCGAGUUGCGAACAGAUUGCUGCAAUACCCUGGGGCCCACAUGGAAGCCCAUGGGAUGGUUUGAUGAAUAACGAGUAUGGUGAUUGCGGACGUGCCCUCAGUGCCGUUAGCUACCCAGGGAGACCCCCUGCCUAUAUGCUGCGAAGGCUGCGAAGCCAGGAUAGCUCUUCUCCCCCUGACAGCUCGACCAUACUCGAGAGGCUAACUGGGCGGGAGCAAAGCGACCCUGGUGGCCAUGUACCCAGCGGGGCAGCUAUACGACCCCGAGCCAAAGAGGGUGGUCUAUGGUGCUCACGAACCACCGAGGAAGGUUGCAUCAUUGUGGCAUCCAGCGACCAAACUCUGAAGUUCCACGAGGUGUGGACCAGCUCAAGGGCUACCAUAGAAGGAACUGAACCAACCACUCCCCAAACCCUAACCCUAACCGUCCUCAACGCCCAAAACAACCACUCAACCCUCGAAUGCUGGGCCCUCGUUCCGGGGUUCGAAAGGGCCUCUGAGCCAGGUAUAUCAGGCACGGCGUCGCUUUCUUUAGGGGCCCUGUCGGGAAACGCGAGCUACACGAUGAUUCCGCCGCGGUUUGAUGGGGGGUUGCAUAAUGCGCCCGGGUUGCAAUGGGUGAUUUUUCUCUCCGGCCUCGCACACAUCACUCUCCCUCAUUCAGAAGACGAGGCAUGGAUUCGUGGUGGCGAGAGGGGGACUAUCCUGGUGCUGGAUACGCGUGACGUUAGUGCUGAGGGCCAUUUCACGGAGUAUACGGGUGAUGAGGUUACUGUUGCUGUGGAGGUUCCUGUGCAUGAUGUGCCGGGGCAUCGGGUUUUGCAUGGGGGGGCUUGUGGGGAUGGGGGUGUUUGA